GCCGAAUAAAAGAUUAAGUUACCAUGAAUUUACUUUGAUAUUUGCUACACAAUUAAUAAGCAUAUAUUAUUUUAUUGAUUAAUAUAUUUGAGAAAUUCAUUCUAUAUUGAAAUCACUAAGAUUGAGCUUUAAGUGAAGUAUAAUGAGUUUUUUUGGAUUUGGCCAGUCAGCUGAAAUAGACAUUUACUUAGAUGAACAAGAAAUUCGAAAAACCGCAGAAGUCAAAACAGAAGAUGGGAAGAAGGAAAGACUAUAUCUUUAUUAUGAUGGAGAAACGGUAUCAGGCAAGGUGAACAUAAGCCUCAAAAAGCCAGGAAGCAAACUGGAACAUCAAGGCAUAAAAAUCGAAUUCAUUGGGCAGAUUGAAAUGUUUUACGAUCGAGGGAAUCACCACGAAUUUAUAUCUUUAGUCAAGGAACUUGCUAGGCCAGGAGAUAUGAUCGCACAUUCUAGUUAUCCAUUUGAGUUUAGUUGCGUAGAGAAACCAUUCGAAGUUUAUACAGGUGCUAAUGUUCGCCUAAGAUACUUUCUCAGGGUAACCAUCAUCCGAAGAUUGGCUGAUAUCAUGAAAGAAGUUGAUAUAGCCGUACAUACUCUCUCAAGUUAUCCAGAAAUGAACAAUUCCAUCAAGAUGGAAGUGGGCAUUGAAGACUGCUUACAUAUUGAAUUUGAAUAUAACAAGUCGAAAUAUCAUUUGAAAGACGUUAUCGUUGGGAAAAUAUACUUUCUGUUAGUUCGAAUAAAGAUUAAACACAUGGAAAUAGCUAUAAUCAAGCGAGAAACGACCGGUUCUGGAGCCAACACGUACACAGAAAAUGUUACAAUCGCAAAAUACGAAAUUAUGGAUGGUGCACCAGUUAGAGGUGAAAGCAUUCCUAUAAGAGUAUUCUUAGCUGGCUAUGAACUAACCCCAACGAUGAGGGAUAUCAACAAAAAAUUCUCCGUUCGCUACUUUCUAAAUUUAGUGUUGAUGGACACUGAGGACCGAAGGUAUUUCAAACAACAAGAAAUAACCCUUUGGCGUAAAGGUGAUAAAGUUCGGAAGCCUAAUCUCCAGGGGCCUGCGAUCAUGGCGGGCACCCAAAAUCUCCAGAAUACUGCUCAACAAUAUCAACAAACAGAUGCCAGGAAUGAUUCAGAUAGCACGACCACUGUCAAGGAGGACUUUUUACGGGUACAUAGUUCACAGUCUAAUGACAAACUCGAUUCUAGUGAUCCUUUCGAUCAGAGAGUCUCAUCGCCAACAGAGGGCACUGAAAAUCAGAUUCAAAAUAUGACUAGGGAAGCAGGUGAUGGUCAGAACGAUAACGGAAAUGACAAUGUUGAGUGAUAGAGAGAUGGACUGUUUGUUGAGUGUGAUGUAGACGCUGCUACAAAAAAAGUACUUUUUAGGUAAAUAUGUUAAAAGUAUGUGAAGAAGGUAUUUUGUAAAUAAUGUAAUUGUUAUUAUAUUGCAGUUAAUAUUGAACUGUCAUUCUGUAUAUUAAGCAAAUUUAUUGUUUACAUAUAAUUUUAUUGUAUAUUUCUCAUAUAGCUGAUUAAAAAAAUUAAAGUAA